UGUGUGUGUGUUGGUGCCUGUGUGUCUUCUCUCGUUUUGUCUCUGCAUGUGUCUCUCUCUCUCUCCCCUGGUCCUACUGAAAGGAGCCCGAAGAGGAGCUCUGUGUAGCUGGCAAGCUGGUCCCCUCCAUCCGCAGAAAUUGGUCCCAUACAAGAUAUUCCCUCACCUGCCUUGUCUCUCUCAAAGGACUCAUUGUCAUUGGCGGCGGGGGUGGAGUGGGAGCGAAUGCAGCAGUAUGUGGAGUGCGCCUGGCACAGCUUUGUGCCUUUUAACCAGGACUUUGCUUCAGUCACCCCCUCCCACUCCCCCAAAUCGCCUCGAUUUCCAUCGGUCAGUCUGUAUUUCCAGUGACUUGUUUGGCCGUCGAUGGCACCUGGCAGGGUAUGCGCCGGCUGUUGGAAUUCUGGUUUCUCCCCCGGAGUGUGAGCCUGCUAUUGCAUUGCCUUUACGCUUCACCUGCCAAGGCCCAAAUGUGUGACAAGAACCAUGCAUGCGUGUGAGAUACAUCAGAGAGAGCGGAGCAGGACGCUUGGAAAUACAUGGGAUUCAUUCCAUCAAUAUACACAGCAUAAUGUUUGCGGCCCUGAGGUGUCGAUCUGCUUUGGGACCCUAUGCCAUGAUUACAUCUCGCAAGACCUGGGAUCUGGGACCUACUCCCUCAUUGAAAGACCUGUGGAAAAAGGACCACCCUCUUGACAGGAGUGGACAAGAUUCACUCCUCAGUGACAGUGAAGAGGCCUCCUCUGUCCAGACGCCUGUGCUGCCUGCAUUGGUCCAACGUAAAACUCUCCGUGUGAACUGGUGCGGCGCUGCAAGUCCACAAGGCCUCUACCUGACUGUGCAGGCCUUGCAGGACAAGUUGUGCAAGGACAAGAGUCAGGUGAAGAACGAGGAGACUCAUCACCAGCCACAGACUCAGUGUAGGACCCAGAAGCUGGGCAUAGAGAAGAGGUCGGGGUCUGCUCACAACUGGGACGCUGGAGCGCAGGGCCAGGAAGCCUGCAGCAUGAACGUUGAGAAAACAGGCGGAAGAUUCUUUAGUGGGAAAUGCUCCAGCUUGUCAGGAGCACGUCAGUUUCCUAUGAUCCAGAAGAUGGUGGAGUCUAUGGCCCAGCUGCAGGAGGAGAAGCUGCAGCUGCAGGAGGAGCUGCUGGCAUUGCAGGAGAAACUUUCUGCCCGGGAGAAUGAAGAACUUGCUGUGUCUGUCCAGCUGCAGGAUCAGGUUGAAAAUCUGAAAGGGAAACUUCUGGAUCAAGCUCAAGAAGUGAACAGACUCCGUUCUGAGUUGGGUGGCUCUGACUUGGAAAAGCAUCGGAAUCUGCUCGUUGCAGAGAACGAGCACCUAAAGCAAGACAUGAAGUCAUGUGAGGCAGAGCUACAGAAGCUGAAGCAGCAGCAUGUGAAAUGCAUUGACUGCGAACACGUCCAGGAGAAUGCCAGGCUGCAGGAAAGGUUGGCCCAGCUGCAGCUGGAGGUGGAGGAGGCUAAGGGGAGGCUGUCGGAGCUGGACCUGGAAGUGGAGCAGAAGACCAAUCGCCUGGCAGAGGUGGAGCUGCGCUUAAAGGACUCCCUUGCCGAGAAGGCUGAGGAGGAGGAGCGACUCAGCAGGCGGCUGCGGGACAGUCAGGAGACUAUAGCUAGCCUGAAAGCCCAACCCCAGCAGAUAAAGUAUAUCAUCAAAACGGUGGAAGUGGAGUCAUCCAAGACCAAGCAGGCUCUGUGUGAGACCCAGUCACGGAAUCAGCACUUGCAGGAGCAAGUGGGGAUGCAGAGACAGGUGCUAAAGGAGAUGGAACAGCAGCUGCAGAAGUCUCAGAAGACUGCAGCCCAGCUCAGAGCCCAGAUUAUGCUGUAUGAGUCUGAACUGGAGCAGACGCAUGGACAGAUGCUGGAGGAGAUGCAGAACAUGGAAGAUGACAAGAACCGGGCCAUUGAGGAGGCAUUUGCACGUGCCCAAGUAGAAAUGAAAGCUGUGCACGAGAACCUGGCAGGGGUCCGGACAAACCUCCUCACACUCCAGCCAGCACUCCGGACCCUCACCAAUGAUUACAACAGCCUGAAACGGCAGGUCCGAGACUUCCCCCUGCUACUCCAGGAAGCUCUGCAGAAUGCCAGGGCAGAGAUUGGACAAGCCAUUGAGGAGGUGAACAGCACAAAUCGGGAGCUACUCAGGAAAUACCGCAGGGAGCUGCAACUCCGCAAAAAAUGUCACAACGAACUGGUGCGGCUGAAAGGAAAUAUCCGUGUGUUUGGCCGAGUCCGGCCAAUAAAUAAAGAGGAUGGGGAAGGGCCUGAAGCAGCCAACUCAGUGACCUUUGACCCUGACGAUGAUGCUCUCCUGCACCUGAUGCACAAAGGGAAGCAGGUGUCAUUUGAAUUGGACAAGGUUUUCUCCCCACAAGCAACACAGCAAGAUGUGUUCCAGGAAGUUCAGGCCCUGAUCACAUCCUGUAUUGAUGGCUACAAUGUCUGUAUAUUUGCCUAUGGACAGACAGGUGCAGGCAAGACAUAUACUAUGGAGGGAACUCCUGAAAACCCAGGAAUCAACCAGCGAGCUCUCCAGCUGCUCUUUUCCGAGGUGCAGAGGAAAGCGUCUGACUGGGGCUACACGAUCACUGUCAGUGUGGCAGAGAUUUACAACGAGGCGCUCAGGGACUUGCUUGGGAAGGAGCCUCAGGAGAAGCUGGACAUCAAACUGUGUCCGGAUGGCAGCGGGCAGCUGUAUGUACCAGGACUGACUGAGUUCCAGGUGCGAAGUGUGGAGGAUAUUAACAAGGUGUUUGAAUUUGGGCACUCGAACAGAGUGACUGAAUACACCAGCCUGAACGAGCACAGCUCACGGUCUCACGCCCUCCUCAUCGUCACAGUAAGAGGACUCGACUACAGCACAGGCCUCAGAACCACAGGGAAGCUGAACCUGGUGGACUUGGCUGGAUCUGAACGGGUAGGCAGGUCUGGUGCAGAGGGAAGCAGGCUCCGGGAGGCCCAGUACAUCAACAAGUCGCUGUCAGCACUAGGAGAUGUGAUUUAUGCUCUGCGUGCCCGCCAGGGUCACGUGCCAUUCCGCAACUCCAAACUGACCUACCUGCUCCAAGACUCCCUCAGCGGAGAUAGCAAAACCCUCAUGAUGGUGCAGGUCUCUCCAGUGGAGAAGAACACAAGUGAGACUCUCUGUUCCCUAAAGUUUGCUGAGAGGGUUCGCUCAGUGGAACUGGGCCCUGUAUCCAGGAGAGCAGAACUAGUGUCCUGGUCUAGUCAGGAGCACUUAGAGAAUGAUUCACCAGUGGCAGCACAGCCCUCCAUUCGAACGCAUUCUUCUCCUAGCUCCGGGACACCUACAAGACGAGCAGGCUCAUUCCGGAGGAAGCUCCAGACCUCAGCCUGAAAUUAGGGGCAGUCCUGGCCUCCAGGAAAGCUGAGGCCAGUCCCUGUGUGAUGGACACACGCACCUGGGGAACAGGAUCUGCUCCAGACCCAAUGAGCUCAUGGUGUGAAGGAGAAUUCCUGCGUUUCAAGAGCUGUGAAAACGGAAAGAGACUCUCUCCUCCUCCCCCGCAUCUCUCCCAUUGGAUUGACAGUGCACGCUACUGUGCCCUGUCACACAUUCAGGAGAGAGGAGGACUCUGUGGGAUCCAAGAGCCAAAGGUGAAGACAGUUCCCUCCAGGCUCCUGGGCAGAGGCAGAAGCUCUUGGAAGCAUGGACACAAGUUGCUCCACUGCAGAUGUGAAACCAGGUUGUCAGGUGCCGGUUCUCCUUCUCCCAUCUCUGAACCAAGACUCCUGUAGAAAUAAAGCCCCACCCAGAGACUCGGGUCACCACAUAGGGGCACCAAGCUUGGCCGUGCACAGUAUAGACUCCAUUGCUGGCAAUGGAUGCCCCUGGAGCUGGAUUCUGGUGGAACUGAGCCCAGGGGACUUUACCUGCCUACCUGUGGCACUUAUGCAUGUACACUUUUAUUUGCCAUAUGGAGGUUUUUAAUGGAUUUGAAGGGAGAGUAGAGCUGCCAGGGGCCUCUCCCAUCUCACUGCCCCUGGCUUUGUUUUUAAAUGAAUAAAGAGUAUCACCAAGCUGUUGGUUUAAAACCUACCAACCAA